AAAUUUUUUUUACUAAGAUUUUAUAUUAUUAAUUAAAUCGAAGUAGGUUAGUCUCAUCAAAAAUAUAAACAGUAGUAGAGUAAAAAAAUUUUAAAUAUCGAAUAAGGAAAGAAAAAUAAGCAAAUGAACUAAGAUGAAAUUUCUUCCAUAGUAGACGAAGAUGAACAAAAUCAGUUAAAAGAAGAAUAUUCCAUAGAAUUAAUAGAAAAAAUAGAUGAAGGUUCAUUUGGAGUUGUAUUUAAAGGCAGAGAUAUUUAAGAUGGUUCUUUGUGCGCAGUCAAAGUUACUCAAAAUAAUAAAGAAAAAUAUACUAGUAUUGAGACAUCUAUAUUGAGAGGUUUAGACCAUCCUAACAUAGUUAAAUUUAAGAAGUUCAUAGAACUCGACUCAAAUAAAUAUAUAGUAAUGGAGUAUAUUGGAUGCGGAACACUGCAGCAAUUAAUUGAAGAAAGAAAAGCAAAAAAUAAUCCUUUUAAUUAACAAGAAAUAAGUGUGAUAAUGAGCCACUUGAUGUCAGCACUUAAAUGUAUGCAUGAAAAUAAUGUUCUUCAUAGAGAUAUAAAACCAGAAAAUAUACUUCUUGGAAGCAAAGAAGAUUUAUCAAAAUUAAAAUUAUCUGAUUUUGGGUUAUCUGUUAAGUAUUAAGAUGGAGUACCUUUUAAGUCAUACUCUUAGAAAUGUGGAACAGUCAUAUUUAUGGCCCCAGAGAUUCUAGCUGAGAAAUAAUACUCUAAGCCAAUAGAUAUAUGGAGUUGCGGAAUAAUCCUUUAUAUGCUAUACACAAUGGGAAAGCACCCCUUCAAGAGUUCAAGCAUUUCAAGAGAAGAAUAUAUAAAAAAAAUUAUCAACUUAGAUGUAUCAAAAGAAGUAUUAGAUGAAGAUGACUUCCCAUCAGAUCUGGCAAAAGAUUUACUUUUAAGGAUGCUGAAUAAAGAACCAUCAAAUAGAUAUACAGCUAGCUAGGUUUUAAAGCACCCUUUUAUUACUAGAAAAUUAAACUCAAGUAUCCCUUUAAGUUUUUAAGAAAGUGCAAGAGUUUUUCAAAACGAAAGAAAGCUAUCUUAGGCAAUUAAGGCCAUUUUAGUUUUGAAAUACAUUUAAUAAAAAUCAACAAAGUAGACUGAGAAUUCUAUAAAAAUAUAACCUCUAAAGAUAAAAAUGAGUCCAUAGAAAUAUAAAACGUUUGACGAAAAGGACUCGCCAGCGACUGAAAGAUAAGCAACCAGAAAGACAUUCACUAAUGAAUAGGAUUUAUAUAUGGAUAAUAUGAACAAAAACUAUUUAUAAAUGGAUUCCUCCCCUAAUUUUGACUUAAAGAGAGCAGAGGACUCUCCAGCAAGAAAUAUUCGUUUAAAUGUUGCCAAAAUAAAUGAAAAAUCGAAUGCAGCAGAGAAGUUAACUAAUAAUUAAUCUUUUAAAUUUAAGCUAUAAAUACCCUUAGAUCAUAAAGUGAAUAAUAAAUUUUAGAUUGGAUAAGCAAAAUCCUAAACAAAUUCACCAAACCAACCAAAUUCAUCAUAGAGCAAGGAUAAUUCUCCAUAGUUGAUAAAUUCUAAAUAAAUAUAAUUGGGAAACCAAUAAAAUUUGUAAAUAUCAAAUAGCUAUUCAAAAUUCUAUGCUGAAAGUCCGAACUCAGUAAAUUAAAAAAAUAUAUAGUUGCCAUAGAUUAACAAAGGAUAAAAUAGCUUACAAUCUACACCUAUCUUCUUUGGUAAAAAAGAUAAUUAAAAUUUAUUUAAUUUCGGAAACUAAUAAAACUAACCUAAUCAAGCAAAAAUGUAGUAGAAUUAAUAAAAGUUAUCAGCACAUGCACAAAGAGCAUAAAGACCACAAUAAAAUGGUGGUGUUUAAUUAAUUUCUCAUAUAAAAACUAAUUCUUUAUAAAGACCAAUAUAAACUCCCAUUAAUACUUAAUCAAACUAACCUAGCUAUACAAAUUUAUCAAGUACCUCAAAGCAAGUAAGAAAAUCGAGCUAAAAUUUUUAAAUAAAAUUAGUCACCAAUCCCCAUAAUUAAUCAACAAAUUCUGUAAAUAUUAGUGCUUGUAGCUCAGGUAGCCCAUGUUUAAAUACAUCAAGUGCAGGAGUGAACGAAAAUAACAACAAUAAUAAAUAAAAAUAAGAAAAGUAACUAUCCUUUCAUAAGUAAAGUUUACAAUUAUAGUAAUAGCAAUCUAGAGAAUCAGUAAAAACUCCUAAUAGUACUUGUAGUAAUAAUAGCAAUAAUAAUUCUUCUACUACAGCUAAAUCAAAUUCAAGAUCAAUACCAAAAAAUAACUCUCAGCCAACUUUGCAGAUUUUAGAUUCUCGCCCUAAUACUAGAUAAAAAGAAGGUUAUAAACCGAGUUAAUUCUCUUCUUAAGCAGGUAUCAAAGAUUCUGAUCUCAACUCACCAUAAAAAAGUAUUUAACAAAUAGCUAAUUCUAUUUAAAGCUUUCCACACAGUUAGAGAGUUUUAACUGAAUCCAGAAAGGUUAUCUACAAAGAUUCCUUUGAUUUCUUAGAAUGUGAAGAAGACAUAUGA